CCGAUCGCCACUGAUGAUUCACAGUCCGUGUCCAUCGGCCGUUUUCAGCACUACAUUAUAAUAUAUAUAUACACACACACCAUAACAAUUUAUCAUCGAUAUCAUUAUUCCGCGUACAGAUGCUGUUAUACGUACCUACCUGUAAGCGUGCAAACCAACUCUUCGGAUAGUAUAAUAAUAAUAAUAAAAAAAGAAAAAUAAUAAUAAUAAUAUACCUAUAUAGUUAUUUAAUCGAGAUAACGCGUCGUUUACAAUAACAACACAAUAUUAUCAUACGUCGAUAAAUAAGCGAUAAAAUAAGUAAAAGAAACCGUUUCGAUCGGCCCGGGCGAUCAGUUCGACGUGAUCUCGCCCGCGAUGCGUUGCUGUAGACGCCGCGCGAACAAUCGAAUGCAGUGCCAAUUGUAAAACGUUUCGAAUUUCGUUUUAGCCGUUUAUGCAGUUUUAUGUUUUUAAUUUUUUUUCCCUCACACUGAUUCGUUUUGUUGUCGUCAAUUUUUAUUUUAUAAUUAUUUCGGUCGAUUUUCCGUGUAGCGACCGGACGCGCAGUGAAAUGCGUCAAGUCGAUUUCCAGACUGCGAUGCCAGUGAAAAACAAAAUAGCAAUUCCGAUUCUGCAGUAACCGCUGUAUCGCUUUUGAUUUUGCGUUCGAGCACCAGAAAAUUGACUCCCGUUCCUGUCAUCAUGUAUAUCAGACACCAGAAAAGAUCUGCGAAAGCGGAAAACGGCCGUCGAUUUGGAUCUUGCGUUGAGAAGAGACCGUGCGGGUUUGAAGCGGCUUGUCGGCAAUUGGAAAACAACUAUUAUAUAUGUAUAUGUCCACAAGACUUGAGUGAGCCCACCGACGACUUGAAAUGUCUCACGAGAAAGACAGUGCCGAUAGCCCCCAAAUCGUUUGUGAACUUGAGCAUCAACAAAAACGAACAUAAACCAUUAGAAACAGUGGUUUAUCCGUUCCCGACCACCAGCCAGCCAAUUAAGACCACAUUAAACCAAACGACAUCAUUACCUCCCACCAAACCGAUGGACGUCAACAUUUUGGGUUAUCUUUUGCGCAUAAACACGUUCAUGCUGUUGGCGGUUGGAAUAACAGCGUUCGUGUCAGUGGCGUUGAUAAUAACCAUAAUAUGGUGUAGUCGCACGUCAAAAGGCUGCUGCAAGUCCAAAACGGCCAUCAGCAACUCACCUGUGGUGUCCCUGAUAAGAGGAGUGAUCCAGGAAGACAGUUACUCGAUGAACCCGCAAUACGCCGCGCCGUCGCCGGUCGCUAAAGACACUAUUCUGAUACCGUAUCUGAGUAAAAGUUGUAUAUCGUCAAUGGUGGAGAUCGGGCAAGGAUUUUUCGGAAAAGUUUACAAAGGUGUACUUAAACACACCGACGGCAAGUACGAAACGGUCGCCAUAAAAGUGUUAAAGGAUCACACCAACUCGGAGGCCAAAGAAGACUUUAUGAGGGAAGUAGAGAUAAUGACAUAUUUCAGGCAUCCAAAUAUCUUGACACUAAUCGGAGUUUGCCCCCAAGAAGAUAAAUGUUCACCGUGGAUGAUAUUCGAGUUCAUGGCAUAUGGAGAUUUAACUGAAGUACUGAGAAACAGCAGUGAUCAGUUUUCACAUUAUUCUGAACAUUUGCCGGUUUUGGAUAAAGAAGCGUUGUUGGUGAUAUCCUUACAAAUAGCGGCGGGCAUGAAGUAUUUGGCGAGUCAACGGUUUGUCCAUAGAGACUUGGCGUGUAGGAAUUGUUUAGUCGGCAACGAUUUAACUGUGAAAAUCGCUGAUUUUGGAAUGAGUCGAGACAUUUACACCUGCGACUAUUACAAAGUCGGAGGAUCUCGAUUGCUUCCCGUGAGAUGGAUGUCACCGGAGAGCGUCGUUUAUGGGAAAUUCACUUUGGAAUCAGACGUGUGGUCAUUCGGUGUCGUGUUGUGGGAAAUUUAUUCGCUAGGAAAACAACCGUAUUACGGUUAUUCCAAUGACGAGGUUUUAAAGUUAAUUCACGAUGGCGUGUUGUUGGACAUACCAUUGAACUGUCCUCCGGUUAUAUGCGUGAUGAUGAAUGGUUGUUGGAAAAGCGACCCUAAAGAACGUUUGAGGUUCAUUGACAUACACGAGCGCUUGAAAAAUGUCACCAAACGACCAGAACUGGACAGCCCGUUGCCCAGGCCACCCACUUUGCCGGUGAUCGUUGAUCAUCUGAGCUUGAGAAAAAUGCCUUCAGAAGAACUCUUGGACGUUGACGAUUACCUGCAGCCCGACGAACAACGUGUAGCUGUAGAGUACAUAAUGCCAUAUCCUGCAUAAUAAACUUUUGUAUUGUUCCUUUUGCUAUUAUAUUAUUAUAACGCAAGUUGUUUGUACUCAAUAAACAUAAGAUUUCGGAUAAGUAAUAAGUUUAAGAUAUAUAUAUAUAUAUAUAUUAUAAUGGUUAAUAUUUUAUAACAUUUAUUUAUUAUUUUUUUUUUUUUUUACAAUCUGUUACAUAAAAUUGAACAAUAAGUAAAAUAGAUAAAUGAAUAAAAAGUGGCUAACAUUAAUAAAAUUUAUUUAAAUUUUAAAUAUUUAUAUUUAUAUUAUAUUCAUUUAUUGGGAGAGUUGAUCUAGUAUUUUUUCGAUGUACAAGAAUUUUACAUCGAUUUUAAUAAGUAAAAUGUAAUAUAUUUUAAUGAUCUUAAACAUAAUUAGUAUAGUAUAAAGACAUAGUCAUUAAUGGCAUAUUAUGUUGUAUUGUAGUUUUAAGAAACACAUCAUUCAAUGCAUUUUUAAAUAUAAAUAGUUAUCACAAUAAUUGUUAAUGUUAAGAAAUCAGUAAUACAUAUAACUAUUCAUAGUGAACUGUGUAUACUACAUGUUUUUUGUUUACUGUUAUUGAAAAGUAAUUACAAUAAUCAAUUAGAAUUACUUAAUAAUUAGCAUUUACGUAAUAAAAAAUUUUUAUUUUACAUUUGAUUUAGUCUUCAGGGAUUUUUUAUUGUAUAAAUUAUAAACUAUUAAAUCAUAGUGUAAAUGUAAAUUGAAACUGUGCGCAGUAACAUUACAUUAUUUUUUGUACCAGUUACAUAAUAAUUUUUACAUUUUAAUUUUGUUAAAUCAUUAUAACACGAAUCAUUUAUUAAUCAGUUUGAAAUCAAAUAAAUCGUCAUUA